AGGCUCCUUCUGCGCCUGCUCAAAGGCAGCGUGAAACCUCACAUUUGUGUGUACCCUUUUGUUCUGUGGAGCUACUACGGCCAACUCGCAGCGGCCCACCAGCAGGUGCUUAUUAAGCUUGGCAUCUUCUGGCCUUGUCUCUACAUUUGUAGACCUCCUGUCAAAAGGACCUAGGUGGGAGGGACCACUGUCCUGGAGGACCUUCGGUUCGCUGAGAUGUUCGCCUGAGCCUGCAGCGCUGGGCUGUAACCACGCCCUGAGGCCGGAAAUUAGAGCUCCCAGUCAAAUACCUAUAGGUAGCGGUUGACUAGACCCUAAACCUAAUUCUUAAAAGGACAACAGCCGAUGCUAGAGAAAUAUGGGGUCAGCCGUAAGCGGGAGCAUGCUGGAACUUGCGGGCUGCUGAGCGGCUCUCUUGGGAGCGCAGCCGGUGGGAGCCUCGCUAAGCCCCUCGGGAGGCGGCGUCGUGGGCGGUGGCCCCUUUAAGAGCGACGUCUGGGGCACGGGUCAGGACGGCGAAGGUCGGACCGUUCUCCCAGCUGGGGUGGCUCGAGGGCGCCUUGCGGGAGACAUGCAGGCUGGCCGCUGGCUGGUCCCGGGGCUGUCCCUGGCCCUCGGGGCCGGGCUGGGAGCGGGGGCCGUGGCCUGGUUGAACAGGAAAACCGGCCCGGGAGUGGGAGGGCUCUGGAGCCGGCUCCCUGUGCUGCCGGUGGCGGCGGCGGCGGGGCCCGUGGUGCCCGCGGGAGGCCCGGGCGAGCUCGCCAAGUACGGGCUGCCGGGGCUGGCGCAGCUCAAGAGCCGCGAGUCCUACGUGCUGUGCUACGACCCGCGCAGCCGGAGCGCCCUGUGGGUCAUCGAGCAGCUGAAGCCCGAGCGGCUGCGGGGCCCCGGCGACCGCCAGACCUGCGGCUUCCAGGAGGACGACUCGGUGCACGUGUACCAUCGGGCCACCAACGCCGACUACCGGGGCAGCGGCUUCGAUCGCGGCCACUUGGCAGCAGCCGCCAACCACCGCUGGAGCCAGAAGGCCAUGGACGACACCUUCUACCUGAGCAACGUGGCGCCGCAGGUUCCCCACCUAAACCAGAACGCCUGGAACAAUUUGGAAAAGUAUUGUAGAAGCUUGACCCAAACUUAUCACAAUGUCUACGUCUGCACUGGACCUCUCUUCCUACCCAGGAGGGAAGCUGAUGGGAAGAUGUAUGUGAAGUACCAGGUGAUUGGCAAGAACAAUGUAGCGGUACCCACCCACUUCUUCAAGGUGCUGAUCCUGGAGGCUCCUGGGGGGCAGAUCGAGCUCCGUUCCUACGUGAUGCCCAAUGCACCUGUAGAUGAGCAUAUCCCACUGGAGCGCUUCCUGGUUCCCAUUGAAAGCAUAGAGCGGGCCUCUGGGCUGCUCUUUGUGCCCAACAUUCUCACACGGACAAACAACCUGAAGGCCAUUGCCCCUGGCACUAAGUGAAGGCAAUGAGGGGCAGGGCAAAUGGACCUGGGCAGGGACAGAACAAGGGGCAGUUCAGUGCAGUGAAUAGAGAAUUGGACAAGGCAGCUCUGCUGCUUAUCACCUCUGUGACUUUGAGGAAAUCGUUUCCCUAUCUGUAAAAUGUCAGAAUUCGUAGGGUUGGUAGAUACUCGAACCUUCCCUUUUUAUUCGUGGGCAUCUUUGGGGGCGAGAGGUUACCCUCUUGGCUAGAAGUCUGCCCCUACCCCUGAGUAUGUAGGCUUGUCCUUGGUCCUGCUUCUGGGGUACAGAUCAGGCUGAGGCAUUUCAGCUCUGUUGGGGGAGGUCCGUCUUCCCUAGAACUGUUUUAGGAGGUUCUUCGGCACCUAAUAUUAUGGCGAGGAAGUGUCAGUACCUGUGAUUUGUAUUUUGUUGAACCUACCUUUAAUAAGCUAGAGGGGCAGUCCACUCACCCCUUGAAGUAGAGUUUCAUCUUUGUACUAAAGAAUGGGUUUGCUGCUGCCCUUUGGUUGUGAUUUGUGGCCUACUAGACAUGGAGGGUGGGCAUACACUUAGGUAGGAGAGGAUCAGGAAAUCACAAAGAUUCUACAGCUUGCUGGAGUCAGCCAGUGCCAUAGGGCACCUUCAUCACACCUAUAAAGACUGCUGUUUCCAUCCCCACUGCCUACUACCUGUAGGUCUUUUGGCAAAGUUAUUUUGCCUUUUGGGGCUUCAUUUUCCCAUCUGAAAUGAGGGAGUUGGUAAGAUGUUAAAAAGAAAUACAAAAAACUACAAUGUUCAAGGAUGCAUUGUGGUAAAAAUUAUAUUUCUCUAAUCUAUGGCUUCAAUGACAGACCAAAUUACUAAGAGGAUACUUUAUGUAAUUAGAAUGACAAUUUAUGUGAAGGAUAUUUAUUGCCAAGGGAUUACUUUAUAGUUGGGCAAAGUAAUAUAAUUCAUCUUGGAAUAAAAGGUCAAGAGUAUCUGGGAAAGAAUGAAAAAAGUAGGAACGAAGUCAAUUUGGUAUUGUCAGAUCUCAAAUUAUUAAAGUAGCAAUGAACAAAUUUGUUUAGCAUGGGGUAAAAAAUAGAAAAUCUUAUCAGUUGAAUAUGCUAGCUGAGCAAGACUUAGGAAAACCAUACUGCCCUUCAGCCUUUGAUAAACAAAGAACACAAGGUACCGGGGAAAAAUCUGGGAACACUGGUUAGUAAUUAGGUAGCAAAUAGGUUUAGACCUGCCUGUUACACCAUAGGCCACAAUACCAAGUAGGUGAAUUGGUUAAAUAAAAAAGGGGAGAAAGAAAAGUAAUCCUCCUAACUCUUAGUAAAGGAUGAAUUUGUAGCCAUCUGUGAUGUAGAUAAUACUAUAAAAGAUAAAAUAGACUACUUUGAAGAGCAUUUGUAGAGUUUGUAAAAGUCUGAAAUGCAAUCUACUAAGAACUUCUACAAUAUGAUUAAAAGCCAUUCUACAAUAGAUAAAUGAUCUCCCUUUUUUUAGACCAUUCCCAGAAUUCUCAAACCAUUCCCAGAAUCAUUUUUGGGAACCUUCAUCAGACCUAGUUCAUUAGCAUUGAAGUAUCCCCAGUAUUUUAUAGAAGUACAUCAUCCUGUCCAGAAUUUGCACAGUCUGAAAGACCUCUGAAUGCUUAGAUCCAGCUACCAUUUGUUUGAAGGAUUUCAGAAUAAGAAUAAGAUGUGUUUGUGCUUGGUGAAUAAUUAUCAGGCCCAGCGAGAUAAAAACAUUAAGCACCGUGCCCCCCCCACCCAAGAGGCAGUUCAGACUUCUGCUUGAACACUUCCUGUGAUGAAGGACUUGCUACAGUAUGACAAGUGAUUUUACUUGUUUUUAUAUAAAAAGGAUUGUAUAUGACCAUUUCAGGUUUGAAUAGUUCUAAAUGUUAGUUAAAUUGAUCUGAAAUCUGCCUCUCUUUAAUAAUUUCCCACCAUUGGUUCUAGUUGUGCUUUCUUAAGCUACACAGAACAGUAUAGCUUUGUUCUUAAGGCCCUCCAGAUAAAAACCUCUUCGAGGUUAAGCAACCUAAUUCCUUCAGCUUGUGGUAUUGAGUUUUCUCAGCGUGCUGUUCUUCAUCUUAUAGACAAACUCCAGUUUGUCAAGUGUCCCUUUUAAAAUACGAGAACCAGGGAAUAGUGAGGAUGGAGUAACUGGGACUUUUUAGAAGUUUGGCAGCAUAGAAAAGACUGAGUCUCACACCUAAGUUAGCAGAAAUGAUUAGUUUAAACAGGAAGCUAGUAAUUGGCAGGUUUCAUCCACCCCAUACCCAGGAGUAGCCCCAUGAAGUCUCUUCCAUGGUAGGGGGAGUGGGAGGUUUGGAAUUGGAGUAUGGUAUCUCCUACUGAAUCUGUCUUAAAAAUUGAUUUCAGGGGAAGUCAAAUAAGUAUUUGAGGACCAUGGGGAGAUUUUAUAAGGACUGCUGGUUAUGCCUGACAGAAAUGUGUUAUUUUUGAGUCUCUUAACUCCAAGAUAGGUUAUGUAACACUUACAAGGAGACCCUGAUUUAAGCAAUUAGAAGCAUGAGAAUGCAGGAAAAGGAAGAAAGGAUAGGUGAUGACCAGAUGAAUAUAAAAGCAGGAAAAGAGACUGACUGAACAGGAGAGUGGCUGACUGAUCAAAGCUUCCAGGCAGGGCCUGCAGCUGUUUUAUUGGUGGAGAAACAGUGCUAUGUUGAGAGCUGAUUGUCUGGAGAAAGACAAGAUUGCCCUGUAACUCCUUUUAGCCUAAGAAUUAGAAAACUUUUCAGGGGUUUGCCUGGGUUGUUAGUCCAGCGGUGGGGAACCUGUGGCCUUGAGGCUGCACUUGAGGACCUAGAGGGCCAUGUGUGGCCUCGAGGCUGCAGGUUUGCCACCCUUGUCCUAAUCAUUCCUCUCAGGUUUUGGGGGGAGGGAAUAGAGGGACAAAGACAAGCUUUGCAUCUCCUUUGCUGUGAGAUGUGCCUUUUUGUUAAGAGCUAAUCAGAUAAAACAGGAUCCCCUACUAUUUGAAGAGCUGGGUGGAGAAAGCUGUAUGGCCCUCUCACUAUCUACACAGCUUGAGAGGGGAAAUUUACUUAGAACAGAUCUAUCAGAGCUUUGCAGCUUUAUGGCCUUAGAGAACUGCUUUUGUCUGAAAGAAUGUGACGCUUUCUUAGCGCCUGUCAAGUAAGGCUGUUAAUGCUUGAAGAGCUUGUCACUGUUUCUGUGGCUGGGCAGAGCAGAGAAGCAGCUUUGAUGAGCAAGAGACCUGUGAGCACCUGAAUGGGUGCAGGUAGCUGGCAAGUAAUUUUACCCUGCUGCUGCAGAGAGCACCUUCUCUAAAGAGACUGUCCUAAGCACAUAGGUCUCCCUACUCAUAUGCCUCCCUGCUCAAGUUUUUGGAAGUAUGUAUGUGCUCACUCUCUCCCACUAGCACUAUGCAUUAGUGGGAAAGUGUGGCCCAAGUUUAUGGGUGGGCUGCUACAUUACAAUUACUUCUGCUCCUGCUUUUAUUGAGUACUAUUGAUUAUCUUGCUUUCUAUUGAGUCAUGAUUAUGCAUGCUUUUGCCUUCCAUUGAAUACAAUUUCUGAUUAUUCUUGCUUUUGCCUUGUUAUAUAGUAAAAGUUUUAUCUUUAAGA